AUGACAUUCCAAGAUGAGUUGAUUGAGAGUGGUGACGAUAUAGUUAAUUCUUUUGUUAAAUAUUUCAGCUGUGUAUUUUUAGUGUCAGGCAAUAAUGAAUUCCCCGAUGCCACACUGCCUACGUCUUUUAAUAAUUUCAAUGGCAGUUCUAUUCCUGAGAAUCUAGUGUUCGAUAAAUUAAAGAAUUUAAAACCCAAGUUUACAAAUGGACCUGAUUCUAUUCCAGCAUUUGUUAUAAAAGAUUGUGUCGCCAUAUUCGCCAAACCGUUAACAUUUCUUUUUAAUUUAGUCCUAGUUUCUCGUAAGUUCCCCGAUAGAUGGAAGAUAUCCAAGAUCGUUCCUAAAGUCACUAGAUAG